GAAACAAGAAAAUUGUGCGUUUAGCUUACACUCAAACACAAGUGAAAAUUUGAACUGUAAUUUCUUGAAAAAUGUGUUUUUUAUCCUCAUUCUUCUUUUUGCUGUCCCUGUACUUCGGAUGCCUUAUAAUUGGCGUAACAGGGCUGAUCAUUGGUGUCGUGGCCCUCACCAUUGGCAUGUGCAAGCUAUUCGUCCAAUCGAAAGAAGAGGCGGUUUGGAUGAUAGCCGUUGUAUUCGCGCUCUUGUACUUGGGGGCUAAGGUGAUGCUGUUAAUGGGAACGUUGUGGCACCAGUGCUGGUGCCUUCUCGUGUCCUUCGCCGUCAGCGUGGUUUGUGUGUUCUUGCUCCUGGCCAUACUGAUUGUCGGGUUUGCAGGUACCACGAACCGUGUACAACUCAUGUUAUGGAUUAUCAUGAUUUUAUUGGAGACAUACUAUUUGUGGGUAAUCAUCUCCCAUUGGCACAACUGCUUUUCGGGCGUAGACCGGGUGGAGUUGUAAGCUCAGCUCCAUCUAAUUGUGACGAAUAAAUUCUUAAAUCAUAAUCGU